AUGCUGGCGGUGCGUAAACUGGUGGAACCCACCGCGGUGAACGCGGUGUGCGUCUUGCAGUUGGAGUCGGAUGCGGCGACGCCAGCGCCGUAUGGCAACAGAGCUGUUGUUCUGGCGGCCAUUUCCGAGUCGAUCCACGUGUUUGACCUCGCACCGGCCUCCGCGGCCACGGUUCUUGACUCAUCCGUCUCGUCGUCAGCAUUGGGUUUUCAGUUUUGCCCACGAGGCCACGUUUUCAACGUUGGCUGUGGCGUGUCCGGGCUGCUGGCGCUGGCGAACCAGUGCUUAGUCGUGUGGACGCGAGACCAGGAGUGCAUACUGGUGCGUUACCAAGCUAACCUUGCUAGUCCUCCCUCCAAACGUGCGAGCGUUGCCGACGGAUGCCGAGUAUACAAAGAGGACGGGCAGCCGUCGCCGUUGCACAACAAGGAACAUCACUGGUACGUGGUGCGGCGAAUGCGGCUGUGGUGCCCCGACGCAGGCGAGCUUCUCCCGGCGCCGGAGAUGGGCGUCAACGAGGGCAUGGACACUGUCUUCAUCCGCUUCUCCGAGAAGCACGUCUUCCUUGUCUGCAUGAGGUGGGUGGCGUCCUGCAUGCCAGGGGAUAAGGGACGCCUGUCAGCGGACACGCUGCGCACCUGCCGCUGGCAUACAGGGAACUACAUGCGCGCCUACGCCGGCACCGGAUUCCACUACCCGACCCAGAGCUGCAGUGUGGCCACACGACGCCCACGCGAGAGCAGCUCCGACCAUCAGGUGCGGCUUGAGCGGCUCUGGCAGUCAUGCUCCCCCUUCGCCAGCAUACCUGACGAGGACCUCAUUGCGAGCCACUCGGUGAGAGAGCUGGCUCGGCACAAGGAUGCAGAGACGCAAGGCGCCGCUGCGAGGUAUGCCUCGGUGUCACCUUCAUCCCCGACGGACGACUACUGCGGCGUGAGCGAUGUGUGGUUGCGUCGUGAGGCCCACACCGCCCCGUCACCGCUGAUGCCAUCGCCGGCGCAGUACUGCGGCAGUCCACUGGGAGGUUUCGCAAACGUGCGAGGCACCGGAGGAAAUACCGCCGUUCACCACGCUCCACCGACACUCUUCGGUUCCAGGACUGUCGCCCUCAAGGACAGGUACGCCUCACCGCAUAAGAGCGCUAUCGCUGUGGUUGCGCCACGGCGAAGGGGGCGGCGGGGGGUAGAGUGGCUGCUGCUCGUGAUGGUGAGCACCGACUCUUAUACGGCGGUCUACCACCUGCAGAGGCGGCACACUCCGCUGACGGCACACCACCUCGUCCUCGACGGACUCGUGCACGACGCGGCGUACCCGCGGCAGGUGCUCCUGUGCUCCCAUAGCGGUGACGCUAUCAACGAUGUAUGGGUAGCUCUCAGUAACGGCGUCGUGACGCGAUUCUCCUUGUCGGUGCUGCGGUCCAGGUGGAGCGCCGGUGGAGAUGGGGCCAAGGUAGGGUGGCCCAGAAUAUCAGUAUCGGGCCUGCCUCCAUCCUUCUACUGCCGACGCAUGCUUCCGGCUGACGGCCUCAUCGGCACUGACCCGCACCUCAGCAGCCCCGGCAGCGUUGGAGCUGACACCUCAGCUUACCCCUGUGCAGGACGGUACACCAUCUUCUCCGAUGGAGUUCAAGACGCGUACGUAGUCGACCUCGUGGAGUGCCGAGUGGUAGCGGCCAUGGCUGCCGAUGGCCCCAUGACCGACAUCUGCGAAGCCCCGCACGGCUUCGUGGCAAGCUUUGCGAAAGGGGUGCUGCGGUACCUUCAGCCUGGCGUUCCCCUGCAUGUGUGCGGGACGGCCACCCUCGCUGGGGUGACGGAUGCCCUGCACGUCGCACGUGUGCGGUGCAGCACUGCCGGCGACAGCGAUGACGUCGCCCCUGGUGUGUAUCUCAUGGCUAGUACGAGGUUCGCCUCGCAGUUGUUCUUUGUGGAGGAGGGGGGCAUACGUGCCACUGCGGGGGGUGGGUGGGCCUACGCGAUGGACGAGCCCACGCUGGCGUUUGGCGCCGGCACCGCAACACUCGCGCAGUGCACGGCGACACGUUGGUGUGUCGGGCGUGUUGUGCACACGCUUCCAGAGGUCUUCUCGCACGCGGCCAUCGCGGAGUUGCCCAUCCUCGGGCUCGUGUGCGUUGGCGCCGUCGCAGCUGCGAAGCACAACGCGUGCGCGCGCCUUGCAGUUGGGACUGGGACCGACGUCCGCAUUCUUCGCAUUGCGGACGUGACCUGUGGGGCAUGGUCGUGUGUUACGGUGACGGCACUCGAGGGAGAUAUGGCGAUGCAUGCUGUGAUGGGACGAUGGGAGGGCGGGGUGACAGUGGCGCAGCUGCAGUACGCGCCUGAGUCGUGGCGAUGCGUGGCGGCGUGCACGGUUCAUCCAACGUUCGGCACCGGCGCACCGUUGCAGCGCCUGCUGCCCCUGCCGCGUGCCGGGGCGCACACUCGCUGGAUGGCGACUCACACCAGUGGAGAGGUGUCUAUUCUAACGGCGGCGCCGCUCAACACAUGUGCGGCUGAGGCGACAGCAGGAGCGGGGAUGCCGGCGCUGCUGCAUGCGUGGGCUGCAGCAGAGAACGUGCGGGGCGGCAAUGGUGUCCCGGUCACCACAACGGCAGCGGUGCCGCUAAUGCGAGCCGCAGGCGGUGAUGCGCUGAACGGCUUCGAUGGGGCACUGCUGCAGCCGCGAGAUGGCGCCGUGCUUUUUUUCUCUGUCCCCCUUGAGGAGGCCGACACACAAACUCCGCCGCUGAUGCGGCGACACCGCGAGAGCGACGAGGCGGACUUGGCAUGGAGCACCCGGCUGGAGUACACCGUACGUGCCAUCCUCGAGCCGCUUGAUGCAGCACAGGUGAGGGCGUCUUCGUGGCGCGAGGCGAUUCUAUUCGAACGCGGCACUGCCACCGGUAACCUGGCGUACGACCUCCUGGUAGCACACCAUGACAAGCUGACGCUGCUGGCCCUUGACCGACAUGUCUUCAGCCGCGACCAGCGGGCUGCCGGCGCGACACCACCCGGAACCCGCGCCUAUGCGCUGGUCUCUGCUGCGCCCACUCGCUACGUAUGCACUCAUCAAGCCAGGCUGUCACAGAUGAAGGCGAAGGCGCGUGAGACGCUCCUCGAAGUGGCGAGUUCGCCGGAUGGCGAGUAUGGAGACUUGAUGUUAUGUGUGAUGGUGGGGACUGGGGCCCAGCACACAACGCGACUCACAACUGUGCGCACGACAACACUGAUGACGCUGGAGUCGGUCGUGCUGAACGACUGCACGGCUCACUGGAUGGCCUCCGUGCCAACCUCGGGGCGCGCUGCUGGCCAACACGCCUCUCCGUUGUUUCUUUUGUGCACCCGUCAUGUAUCCUCUGGUUUCGUGCAGCUGCAGGUGGUGACCGGCAACCCGCUGCGAGUUGUUUCUAGCGCGACGCUUGAGGAUGUGCCAGCCCCGCCAGACGCGAAAAACGGGCACGUGUCCAUUGACGGGUCCGUGCAACUUGUGCCGUCGCGCGCGAGCGAGGGCGGCGAGCUGGGGAUGUCGGAGGUGUUGGUGACAGUCGCCGCCGACUACGGGAUUCACCUAUUCGCCCUGCGGGGGCACACGCUGUACUUCCAGCACUGCGUGGUGGCCCCAGAGUGUGUCAGCGCCGUGGUACUGUGCUACCCGGUGGUGGCAGUGUGCACACAGGGCGAGACGAACGUCUACCUGCAGGUGUACCCGGUGCACGACACGACCGAGUCCCUUGCACCCCCCUACACGGCGGCGGCGACGAGGCUGUUGAAGGAGUACGGCAAGGUGUCGUGGAAGAUGCGCGUGGAGGCUCGUGAGCCGUCCUUGGGUGGGUGUGUCAUUGCGCAGGCGUCUCUGUACGACCGGUGUGUACGGACGGACUUGGAGGGCGACGUGUCGGUGGUGUUUGCUUCCUUCGCGGCUGCCUUCUCGCCCACGAAGCCGAGAACGGCACUCCAUGUCAACCGCGAGGAUGCCUACAUCGGCUCCGCGGGCGGGCCGCAAUCUUUUCUCACCCACGCUGUGCGUCUCCCGUCAGUGCCGACGAAGGCGCGGGUCAUUCGCCGCGCUGACGCCAUCCACCGCCGCUUCCCCCGCCAGCUGCAAUGCAACGGCCGCCACGUCACGCUGCAGUCGCUGAGUCAGCGUAAAGACGGGUCCGCGCGUCUGCUGCUGCUGCCGUGUCACGAUGGAAGUCUCUAUAGCGCGUACGAGCUGCCCUUCAGCAUUGCGCAUCCGCUGAUGCGGCUGGAGCAGGUCAUCACCGACACCUACGCGCUCGAUCUCUCCGCCACCGUGCACCCGACCUUCCCCGGACGUCUGCAGCACACCUACCACUUGCGUCCCUUUCACAUCGCUCACGCUCUGCAGCCGGUAGUGGGGACACAGCGAGCGUUGAAGCAGGCAUGCAUCAUUGUGGACGCCGUGAACGAGUACUUCAUGCUGCGUGACGUUGUGCGCGAUGGGUGGAGCAGAAGUGGUAGCACAACUAAGGAGUCAAUGUGUGACGAGGCGGCCGCGCACCGGAAGUUCAUCGCCCUCGAUGACGUCGUGCAGACGUUGCUGGCCGAGGAGUACAAUGGCGCGUACACGGUGGACGACUGCGCGGAGGUGCUCAACCUGUCUUGA